AUGACCUCCACCGCCGCCAUGCGGCACGCGAGUCGGGCGGCCCCGCGCCACUACUCCAUGCGCCAGCGCGAGGCCGGCCUGACCGCCUUCGGGUCGGACGAGGAAGAGGAGAUCGAGCGCCUCUACACGAUCGACGAAGACGGCCGCGCGCCUUGGAAGAUCAAACGCGAGGUGCGGGCGGGCAUUCCACCCGAGAUCAGAGGUCUCUACUGGCAGACGGUGACUGGCGCCAAGGGCUGCUUGGAGAAGAAUCCGGACCUCUAUGGCACCCUCGUGCAGAUGCCGUCCAACUACGAAGAAAAGAUCCUCAAGGACGUCACCCGAACCAUGCCGCACCUCAUGUUCUUCCGGAAGAAGAACGGUGCCGGGCAGCGGGCGCUCUUCAACGUGCUCAAGGCCUACAGCGUGUUGGACAAGGAGCUGGGCUACUGCCAGUCCAUGUCCUUCAUCGUCGCCAUUCUCCUCCUCUACAUGCCCGAACAGUUGACCAAGGUCUACCACAUCCGCGGAAGGGCCUUCCUCUCCUGCGACUAUCCCUCUACCAGCUGGCUCUACCACCACUUCAAGGACGAGGGCGUGAACCCAGUCCUCUACGCCUCCGAGUGGUUCUCCACACUCUUUGCCUACAACUUCCCUCUCGAGAUCGUCGUGCGGUUGUGGGACGUGUUUCUCGCGGAAGGAAACGAGUUCUUAUUCAAGGUCGCCCUGGCUGUGCUCAAGUUGUCGCACGACGAGCUGCUGCCGCUGCCGUUCGAGCACGUCAUCACCCACCUCAAGUCGAAGCAGGACGCGCUCCUCGCGGUGUCGGCCGACUUCCUGAUCAAGCUGGCCGACGCCUACUCGCGCAACAUCGACAAGCAGACUCUCGAAGCCCUCGAGUUGCGCUACAACUCCCCCAAGAAGAGCAUCUUCCGCCUCGAGACCGUCUGA